AAAGAAAUUAAUUCGUACUUUCCAGUAAAUAAAUCAUUCUGCUGCAUGUAUAUAAAAUAAAAGUAAGAUCUAUGAUGUAUAUCAACUGCUUUUGUUUCCUAGUUAAUUCCCGUAUCCUUCCUUUGUUUGCAUCGAACCUGAACAGAAGCUGGACCUCUACAAUGGUCCAAAUCAACAAAAUCUCUUAUAAAUACCGUAACAUGCUGCCUCCUCAUCACAACAUGUACAUUGCACGUACCAUCCUAUAAGCCACAUAAAAAACCUUCAUACAACUACUGAUGGCUGUGCUUGGGAUUGGAGAAAUCCUUGUAGCGGUUCUUCUUUUCGUUGUAAUCCGCUAUUGGAGGCUCAAUAGGCAUACCCCAAUUGUCAAGUGGCCCAUUCUUGGGAUGCUACCUUCUCUUCUUCUCAACGUUCCCACCAUCUUUGAUUAUAUCACUUCUCUUUCGAAACAAGAAAGAGGUUCUUUCAUGUUUGAAGGACCUUGGUUUUUAAACAUGAACAUUUUUGUCACCAGCGACCCUAUGAAUGUGCAACACAUCACAAGCACAAAGUUUGAGAACUUUGGGAAGGGUGAUGAUUUUAGAGACAUUUUUGAGGUGCUGGGAGAUGGGAUUUUUAGGUCCGAUUCCCAGCUAUGGAAGUAUAACAGAACUAUACUUCAUUCAGCUUUUAAACAGCCAAGUUUUCGGUUGUUCACUCACAAAACCAUUGAGAAAAAGAUUGAGAGUUGUCUGCUUCCAGUUCUUGAUCAUGCAUGCAAAGCAGGAAUGGAAGUGGACCUACAAGAACUUUUUCAAAGGUUAACCUUUGACAACAUUUGCUCUGUGGUUCUAGGAUUUGAUCCUAAUUGCCUUUCCAUUGAAUUCCCAGAAGUUGCAGGUGAGAAAGCCUUCACAGAAAUAGAGAAUGUCCUGCUUUACAGACACAUCAUGCCAAGAUGUUUACGGAAGCUGCUGAAAUGGCUUCAAGUUGGAAUAGAGAAGAAGCACAAACAAAGCCAGGAAAUCAUUGACCAAAUGUUGUAUGAACAAAUCACCACAUCCAAAUUCAAAAUGCUAAGCCAAAGUAGAACCCAAGCAGAUGACUCGCAAUAUAGCUUGCUAAAUGUUCUUAUGAAUAAUGAAUCAGGAAAGGAGAAAGUAGAUGACAAGUUUCUGAGAGACACAGCAAUAAAUCUCCUUGCCGCUGGGAGAGACACCAUUAGUUCAGGUCUCACUUGGUUUUUCUGGCUGGUGGCAACACACCCAUCUGUGGAAGCCAAGAUUCUUGAAGAGAUCCAAGAAAAUUUGCCACAAAUUAAAGGUAAUUGGAAGGAUUUAGGUGUGGAAGGGCUUGGCAAGUUGGUUUACCUCCAUGCAGCAGUGAGUGAAGCCUUGAGGCUUUAUCCUCCAGUGCCUUUGGAGCACAAGUGUGCAUUAAAAUCUGAUGUGCUUCCAAGUGGUCAUAGGAUUGAUGCAAAAACCAUGAUUAUAUACUCUCUAUACUCAAUGGGAAGGAUGGAGGAAAUAUGGGGAAAUGAUUGCUUGAAAUUUAGACCAGAGAGGUGGAUUUCUAAGGGAGGAGGGAUCAUUCAAGUACCCUCUUAUAAGUUCAUCGCUUUCAAUGCAGGACCUAGAAGUUGUUUGGGUAAGAACAUAAGCUUCAAUGAGAUAAAGAUGAUUGCUGCUGCGGUAUUAUGGAAUUUUCAGAUCCACUUGGUGGAAGGUCACCCCAUAUCCCCAAGUAUCUCCAUUAUCCUUCAUAUGAAACAUGGCUUGAAGGUUAUAGUGACAAAAAGAAGCAUUGGAACAUAACAAGGGAUCUCAGUUCAAAGAAACUUCUUCUGGGUGUUCGUCUUCUGCGUGUAUGCAAGGUCUCUUUGAACCUUUUUUAAAUAUAAUUU